AUGGGAACCCGGGCGUUUUCCCAUGACAGUAUUUUUAUCCCUGAUGGGGGAGCAGAGAGUGAGCAGACAGUUCAAGCAAUGUCACAGGACAACAUCCUGGGCAAAGUCAAAACUCUUCAGCGACAGUUGGGCAAGAACAUCAAGUUUGGGCAGCCACCACCCAAUGCCAUUCCCAUGAAGAAGGCAGACAGUGACGAGGAUCCGUUCUUGACCAGUCCCAUGGAAAUUGUGACUCAGCAGGACGUUAUCCUCUCAGACGCUGAGAACAAAUCCAGUGAGACGCCAAGUUCUCCGAGUCCUCUGAAUCCUCCUGGAGCCAGAAGUGAGAUGGAGGAGAAGGCUGCUCCAGUUAAACCGUCUCGGCCAAAAAGGCACUUCUCUUCUGCUGGCACCAUCGAAAGCGUCAACCUAGAUGCCAUCCCCCUGGCCAUCGCUCGCCUGGACAACAGUGCCGCCAAGCACAAACUGUCUGUUAAGCCAAAAAACCAGAGGGUGUCAAGAAAGCACAGGCGACUUGUCGGGGACCGACAGAAGGAGCAAGGUGGCUUCCUGCAUCAGCUGUCCCUGGACCAGAAUGGACACCCUGGAGAAGACAAGCCAAUUUGGCAUGAAGAGGAGCCAGAGCCACUGGACUCGGAGGAAGAGAAGCGACGCCAAGAAGAAUACUGGCGAGAGCUUGAGGCCAAGUGCAAACGGCAGAAGGCCGAAGCGGUGGAGAGGCGACGCCUGGAAGAGCAGAGGCUCCAGGCCCUGGAGAGGAGGCUUUGGGAGGAGAACAGAAGGCAGGAGCUCUUGGAGGAGGAAGGGGAGGAGGAAGAGGGAGAGGAGAGGGAAGUACAGCUAGAGGCAGAAAAGAGGCAGCGUGAGGAGGAGACGCAGAGCGCGGAAGAGCCAGGCAGCCGAGGUCCAGAGCAGGCGGAACAGGACGGAGGAGGUCGCCUGGCAGCCGAGGAGCCGAGGCGGCGGGCGGCCGAGCAGCAGCGGCUGGAAGAGGAGGAGAGGCGGCUGGAGGAGCUCAGGCUACGGGAGCUGGAGGCGCAGAGGCGGCGGGAGGAGGAGGAGGCAUGGAGGCGGCGGGAGGAGGAAGAAAGACGGAUGGAGGAGCUCAGAAGGCAGGAGGAGCUGGAGGCGCAGAGGCGGCGGGAGGAGAAGGAGGAGGCGGCGAAGAGGAGGGAAGAGCAGAGGAAGCGGGAGGACGAAGAAGCGAAGAGGAGGCAGGAAGCGGAAAAGAAGCUUCGGGAAGCACUGAGAGUGGAAGAGGACAGUCAGCCGCAGCUGGACCACAAAAGGGGCUUGAGGAGCCCAUUUCAGAGCGACUUUGCAGAGAAAGCAGAAGAACAAGAACACCUGAAACUCGAGAAGCCAAAAGAAAGUUCUGAGGAACCGAGUAUUUGGGUGAAGCAGAGCCAAGAGGCCACUGAGCCAGCAGGAGAGCAGCCGGGAAAGCGGGGGAAUGUUCCCGGGGACCAUGGCUGUGGACGGCAGGAAAAAAGGGAAGAGACCAACGCACAGCCGCCCCAGAAACAAGAGGCCCAGGUGGAAGAGGCGUUGGCUCCAAGAGAGAAGAAAGAAGCUGCUGCUGCAGAAGCGGACAGAAAGGUGGAGGAACUCAGGUGGCAGGAGGUGGAUGAGAGGCAGACCAUGCCCAGACCCUACACUUUCCAGGUGUCAUCAGGGGGAAAACAGAUCCUCUUCCCCAAAGUCAAUCUGAGCCCGGUGAAGCCCAUGAAAGACGAGGGGCUCACCUCUGCUCCCCAAGAGCCAAAGGCCCCCAAAGCCAGCCCGGCCUCUCACACCCUCCCCUCAUCCCUGAGCAUCCCCCACACGGCCAUUCUGGUCACGGGAGCCCAGCUCUGUGGCCCAGCCGUCAACCUGAGCCAGAUCAAGGACACAGCGUGCAAGUCUCUCCUGGGCUUUUCAGAAGAAAAGAAGCACGUGGAUGUCCCUGCCCUGGAGAACCCACCACGAGCCCCAGGCGACCCCCGGGCAGGCAGUGGGAAGACCAGGCCCCCACAGGAGUCUCCGAGCAGCAGCGUGGCCGCGCUGGCUGAAUGGGCUUCCAUUCGGUCCAGAAUCCUGAAGAACACAGAGAGUGACCAGCGUGGCGAGAGAGACCAGUCUCGGCCGGGUGAUGAACACAUUCCCAGGGGCCGAUGUGAUUCCCGCGGGAACCUCCGGAGGACCCCGCCGGUAAAUGCAAAGUUCUCCAUUAAGCCUGCCUGGCAGAAGUUCUCUGAUGGGGGCGGGGAGACCUCCAGACAGAACACAGAAGCCGAAAGCAUUAGGAAAAGAUCCGUGCCCGGAUCCAGCGAAGAGGCUGCACCCCAGCGCCCAGCUACUGAUGCUAAAGAGCCUGUGAAGGGUUUAGAGAAACCGGGGGCACACCAGGAGCCAACGGACACCACAGAGGGGUGCAAAUUUGCCAAAGACCUUCCAUCUUUCCUUGUUCCAAGCCUUCCUUACCCUCCACAGAAAGCAGUGGCCCAAGCAGAGCCCAUGGCCACUUCAGACAGCGAGAACACAGGUGGAGUAGGAAAGCCUGAGCCCGUGAUGCCAGGUGGGGAGGAUAAAGCUUCCCCCUUUGGAAUAAAAUUGAGACGGACCCACUACUCCUUGCGCUUCCACUGCGACCAGCAAACAGAACAAAAGAAGAAGAAAAGGCACAGCAGCACAGGGGAUGGCAUCGAUGCGGUGCCGUCAGCCCCAGGGAGCAGGACUGGGGAGACAGAGACUGCGCCCCUCAAGCAUGGCCCGUCCCUCCCCCUGGAGAGGAAGCCAGCCCCGGCCGCCUGGAAGGACUCUGCUGAAAGCCCUCCCAGCCACUCUCUUCCUGCAGCUCAGCCUGGGCCCCCACCAGCCAGCAGCCAGCCCCCGGCGCCAGAGCAGGACAAGGCAGCAAACAGAAUGCCCUUGGCCCAGAAGCCAGCCCUGGCUCCCAAGCCCUCGGGCCAGACCCCGCCGUCCUCCCCGCUCUCCAAGCUGAGCAGGCCCUACUUGGUGGAGCUGCUGGCCCGCCGGGCGGGGAAGCCCGACCCGGAGCCCAGCGAGCCGUGCAGGGAGGGCCGGGACAGGGGGGACCCCUGGCUGCCCUCACCCUCGCCCCCGCCGCCCCCUGAGGAGAGGAAGGAGCAGAAGCGGGAGGAGGAGGAAGAGGUGGAAACAGAGAGGAAACCAGCUUCCCCGGCGCCUUCUGCCACCCUGCAAGAGAAGCCUUGCCCAACACCCGAGGCCGGGAGGAAAGAAAAGCCAAUGCUUCAGAGCAGACACUCUUUAGAUGGCUCCAAACUUGUGGAGAAAGUUGAAAGCGCGCAGCCACUGUGGAUAACGUUGGCCCUGCAAAAGCAGAAGGGGUUUCGGGAGCAGCAGGCAACUCGCGAGGAGAGGAAGCAAGCCAGGGAGGCCAGACAGGCAGAAAAGCUCUCCAAAGAAAACGUCAGUGUCAGCCCGCAGCCUGGAAGCAGCGGUGUCAGCAGAGCUGGUUCCCUGCACAAGUCCACCCCUCAGCCAGAAGAGAAGCAGCCGGAGACAGCAGCGUCCAGGCUCGAGCGCAGAGAACAGCUGAAAAAGGCCAACACUCUUCCUACGUCUGUGACAGUGGAGAUCUCUGAUUCGGCUCCCUCAGCACCACUGGUGAAAGAAGUCACAAAGAGGUUCUCCACCCCCGACGCUGCUCCCGUGUCAACAGAACCAGCGUGGCUGGCUUUGGCCAAAAGGAAAGCCAAGGCCUGGAGCGACUGUCCACAGAUUAUUAAGUAAAGACUGACUCUUACCCAUUCCUAUUGCCAGUUACUGGCUCUUCUCGUGCCCUUUUAAUUUAUUUAUUUUUUAUAUGAGGUAAAGAAACCAAGCUACGGAAAAGAAGCAUGUUUUAUAGGCUCUAAAAUAAUGUUUAGAACCUGAACUGGUGGUGUUCCUUGUAA